UACACAAUAUUUAAUUAAAGUAUUUCUUGUCUGUGAAUUUCAUUUUUAGUAAUUUUAUCUGGUUUGAUUAUUAAAAAACUGACUAAAGACAAAACAAAAAAAUGCAACACUGGGGGUUUCAUUUCUAACUGUCAGCAUUUGUAGUUACGUCUUGAUUAAGAAAAAAUAUAAGCUGUGAAGUGGGUUUUUCCAUGAGAAAAGCCAGGAUAGCCCAGGCAGCCCAUGAGAAGAUUGAGAAGAAAGCAGCCUUCUGCACACCGGCAGUGACUUGGUGCUCAGCCUUGGUAAAGUAUGUAACCAAAACCGUGUCCCAGACACCUUUCUUGCAAAGGUACCACUAGAACUUUUUUUUUUUUUUUUUUUUUUCUUCUCCAUUUUAUUAUGGCAUGGUAAAGUUUUGUAAACAGGAAAAGUUAUUUUAAACAGCACAGCCCAAAUUUUCCUUGCAGUGGUUUGACAAUGAAGGUCAAUCUGCUUGUCUUGUAAAUGCUGAUAAGAAAGCAAAUGCUUUUGCUAAUUAUAAUACUGAACACAAAUAUUUUAUCCCUUGGACUGUAGGACAUGCAAUGCACAUAUUAUGUACUUGAACUGUGAAAAUGCUGAGAUGGGCAUGACUCAGAGCCUCCUGGUCGGAGGGUGUUUUCACGGGAGACAGUUCCAGCUCUAAACCUGAAGUUGAGGCACACCAAGGCAAGUGCAUGUCCUGGUAAAGGAAGGAAGUUCAUUACAUGAGUUUUGUUCCAUCGCUGCCAGGGGCUGCUGGAAACUUCAAGAAGGCACUGAAAAACUCCAUGUUCGGAAGUAAACACAUGUACGUGCAUGUGUGUAUAUUGCUAAAUGAUAUGUAGCAUGCUGUAGGUGCCCCAUGCUCUUGUAGUUAAAUGACAGAGUGUGAUGAGAAGCUGAAACUUACUGCAGCUAUAUUUACAAAGAAGCAAAACCAGGAUAUUUAACUAUAUUUCCUGCAAUAUUUACAUAGUUUUUAUGUUUGACAAAAAUAGAUGUUAAAAAUAUAGAGCACUUUUUAUUAUUAUUAUUUUGCAUUGACAGUUAUUUCACGUUGCAUAUGUAUCUGUGUAUCAUGUUUAACCAGUGGCAUAAUCAGAUGCACUCCGCUAAAAAUAAGAUGGUUUAUGGGGAUGAAAGUCUGUACGAUGCCUACUGGCACUGUUCCUUUUAGGUUUAUUUCAAAGGUUUGAAUAAUGAGUUUAUAAAUGGUUGGUCUAACAUUCAAUGCAAA